UCUGGUUUUCACUUUAUCCUGAAGACUGUUAUUGAGGCUGCAUGGAUUUGGAAGUUAAACGAGUGGCUGCAUCCCCUCAAAGGCAGGCUCAGCAGUCACUGAAGGGGAAGAAAUGUCAGGGCUGGAGACCAGAUACGCGGGCUUUUCAUGGUCCUCGCCCAGCAGAUGUGCCAUGCCUAGAUCUAGGGAGUCUGGGAGAUUCUGAUGAAGAGGAUGGAGACUCUUACAUACCAUACAGUGGAAGUUAUCCUCAUACAUACCCUCUAGAUUCAUCUUCAUCAUUAUCAAUUCCAUAUGCACAGCAUCAUCAAGCUCAACAGGAGGAUGUUGCUGCAGAGAGAAAACACGCUGUAGUAGAACAAGUGAUGGCAGAUCAGUUAUCUAGAGCUGUUAUAAGUGACCCAGGGCAAUCCACACCUGCUGGUGUUUGCGAGGAAGCUCCUGGGCUUGUGGGACUUGGGCCAGCACCAAUGCAUCACAGACAAAGAACUCUGCAUGAAACAAAAAUAAGGACCAAAUCAGGAUUAACUGCAAACAUGCUCUCUAACAAGCUGUGCUUUAAUAGUAGAAUUUUAUCAAGAAAUGGUCGUGAUGCUUGUAGAGAGUUGAUUGGAUUUUUUUUUGCAUGUGAUGGAUCCCUUACUGUGUAUGAAUUCCGACAGUUUGGAAAAAACAGAACAAAUGUCUUGCCUUUCAUUCAGAAGGGAGUGUAUCAACAUCAGCGUGGACAAAGGAAGGGAAAAGCCUAUGAUGUUAGUGACUUCUAUGUUGGAGCUAAUCUAACUUUCCUAAGUGUUGAUCAUAACCUUCCAGAAAGUUGUAAGAAGAACCCAAUUCUCACCCUUCGUGUGAUAAGUAUUGAUGAAGCAGCUGUGGAUUUUCUGAAAGCUGCUUCUGUGGAAUUCAAGCAAGAGUGUUCAAAGCAAGUGGCUGAUGACAGAGGAGUUUUCAAGAAGAUUCAAGGUAGUCUCAGAGAGACACUAAGAAAAAGAGGAGUUCAAGUUCUAACAGGCUUAGGAAGCUAUUUCCGACAAGUAGACAAGAAUAGAAAUGGUUUUCUCUCUCGGGCAGCCUUUAAAGAAGCUCUAAACGUAUUCCAUUUGGAAGUGCCUGAAGGGGACUUUGAAUCCUUAUGGCUUGCUCUUGAUGAGAGCAAAAGUGAUAAGGUUGACUAUGGGGAAUUUACUCGUGCUGUAUUUGGAGAAAUGAAUGAGUACAGGAAAGCAUUUGUAAGAAAGGCUUAUAUAAAACUAGAUUUCAGCAAAACUGGGAGUGUACCUGUGGUUGAUAUCAGGAAAUGUUACUGUGCCAAGAAACAUCCUCUAGUAUUGGCAGGGAAAGCUACAGAAGAAGAGAUCAAAUCAUCCUUUCUAGAAACAUUAGGAGAAUCCUGCAGCAGCCCCAAUGAAGUGUCCUAUGCCAAGUUUGAAGAUUACUAUGAAGGAUUAAGUUUUGGAAUCAUGGAUGAUGAGGACUUUGUUAAUAUAUUAAGGAACUCUUGGGGAAUUUAGAGCAUAAGGCACCAGAAAUGAAGAUGAGAUAUUUUCUAAACAAAGAGUGAGCUAAAUAAUGGAGUUUUGAUGUUCAUUACUUCAUAUUUAGUGUCUUACAUGGAUACUGUGGACUGAAAAUUUUAAAUGCUUGUAGAAUAAUUCAUGGCAAAUUUUGCAGCCUCUGUUGAGCUAUGCUGACCACUUUUUUAAUAUAAAUGGUGUUCACUCUUUUUCGUUGCUAGUAAUAAAGGCUGCUCCCCAUACCAAAAGGUAUAAUUUGCUUGACAUUAGAAGAAAGUGGCCUGUUUUAAAAUGAGAGGGAAUUAGAAUACUAAAAUGUGUGAAAGAGAAAAUGCAAGAGAAAAUUCUGGUUUUGGUGGUGCAUUGUGAAAAGCUUUAGAUUUGACUGUAGAAAUAUCAAAAGUAGCUUUUCUUGAGAGUUUUCUUCUUAUAAAAGUAAUAUGUUAGUUCUUUAAAUGUUCUUUGCCCUGGUCCCUGUUUCUCAUGCUGGUACUUAGCUUGAAAGACGGCCCGUCAGCCUCUUCCAAUUCUGAGGAUGUUUGCAGUAGUGACAGUGCAGAGAUGUUCACACCAAUUAGCUCUCUGGCCUGCAGACUGUCCUGGUUGAUCUUUGUUUUUUGUCUCAGUCAGGUAUCCUAAGCUGAGCAUUGAAUCCCAAAGGGUUCAUUAAGUACACAUAUUUUCUAAUACAAGUUUUUCCUGUAUUUUGCUAAGUGGGUUCCAAAAUAAUUUAUAUUUAAACAUCUAGUUUCUUUACUUUCUAUUGCUGUUGGGUUUUUUUACCAAAACUUAACAAUGGUAUCCUUUGUCAAACUGAGAUACAGCAUUUCCUGUCUACUCUGAAAAUAUAAAACAGAGAAGUGCAUUAAAAAAAAAAAAGCCACCUCUGUCACCACAGAAAUUAAACCACGAAUUAAAUAUUCAUUGCUGCUUCAAACAUUUAGCCAGAUCUGAUUUUCAGUGUAACAGAUCCUGUUAAUUUUUUGUGGUAAGAAAUAAAAAAUGUAAUAUUAAUUAUAUAGAGAGGUAGCCUUUGGUUUCAGUGUAACUGUAUACUGAACUGCAUUUCUUAAGCUUCUGCAAUUAAAAUAGAUUGGUUUCCUCUGUGCUUGUCUGCUCAGUUUUAUAGUCUGUGGUUACCAGAACCUUCCUCUGGGACAGAAUUCGUGUUUCUUAGAAAUUGAAGGGCAGUCCUGGAAUGAAUGUUUGAAAUGUGUGACUUGGAUCCCUCUGUGGCUGGCUGCUUUGUUGUAGAGCAACACUCUUCUUGUUCUCAGCUUGUUAUGAUUUGAUUGUCUGUACCAUGUACUCAGUUGUAACUAGAGUUGCAGUUUCUGCUCCAAAUUGUCUAGUGAGGGAUUUGGGGAGGUUCAUUGGAGGCUGCAAAAACCUGCAGGUAAUGGUUUGCACAGAAAGGCAAAUUCUGUCAGUGCUCAUUCUAAGCAAGAGUUCUGGUGUUGCUCAUUACGAUUUCUUAGUGCCCGUUCCUGCUGCAAUUUCUUUUACUGGAAAGAUUUUUGUUAAUUAAGUGUUCUUGGAAUCAGUGAUUCUGUGAAGGGCAACUUGAGCUGUUUUUACAGGGUUUUGCUUGUUAAUGGGUCUGUUCAAAUGGCCCAGAAAUACCAAGUGGCAUUGUUAGUUUUUCCAAGCACCACCUAUACUAUGUAUAACAUUGUGGCUCAAUGAAAUGAGUAUUGGCAUAUUUCUGUUUGCAAUGCCAAACAUUUUUGCAAUGAUUUUAGGCAGAUUAUUCCACAUUAUCCUAUGGGAACAGAAAAACUGAUGACAAGUGGAUGUGUCUGUUCUUGGCCUGCUCAUCAUCAGAGGCUGUACAGGUCACAUCUGCUGCAAAUGAAGCAUUCUUUAUUUUGUUCCUGUCACUACAAUGAGGUGCUGUAGUAGGAACAUUAUUUCCUUAGCUUUGGUAGUAGUGCUGUUUUUUCUUAAUCCGAAGACAGAUAGUUAACAGAGUAAUCUGCAGUAAAUUCUGAAGGUCAGAAAUUGCCUGAAAAUACAAGUAGGUACUCUGAUAAUUAUGUCAAACCUGCUAGGUAUAUGUUAUUAACUACGUGGUCAGCUAUGCAUCACUGGCUGCCUCAGGCUGCCUCAGAACAUCUGCCCACUGAUUUUCAUUGUCUAAAUUUAAGUUGGUGACACAGAAUUCAAACCAACUUGUACUCAAGGCUGGCCCAUCAAGCUUAAAGUUAGAGGAAAAACAGAAAUAGUAUUCCAAACAGUCUGUGGCCUCCAACUUCUUUUCCUUAGUGGUGGUCUCAACAGGCUGAUUAAUUGCAUUCUGAUUUGCUCCUAUUGACUUCUAAGCAUUUGAUUAACGUGAAUCCCUUCCUUUGGUCAGUGCUUUGUAGCUUUAAAACUUUCUGGAGCUGUCUUCAGGGGUUUGCUGUCUUCAAACAAGUUUAAAAAAAAACUUUUCUACAUUUGUUACCUUAUGUUUUCUGAUUUAGGAAGUAUUCGUAGAUGUGGUGUUCUCACAGAAGCUGGCGGAUCCUUUCCUGAAACUCACUGCUUCAUAAAAUCAGUUGUCUUUAGAAUUA